GGAAGAUUAGGGAAUUAUUCAACAAUGGCAUCACCCUUUGGAUGGUACGGUCCUCUCAUAGACCUCCGCGAAGCCUCUUCUCACAUCGCCGAUUUCGUUCAGCUUCUUGUUUUCGUUCACCGCUCCUUCCCCGUACACUACAAAUCCUCCAAAUCCGGCGACCUUAUACGAACCGACAUUCAAGUCGGCGACGAUACGAUGCCGUAUUUCGGAGUCGCUCUCUGGCAGAACCAAAUGGCUUCCAAGAUCGCCGCUGGAGAUCUUGUUUUGCUACAGAAUAUGAAGAUUGUAAAAUAUGGCGAUGUUGUUGAGGCCAGAACCGUUCAGUGGUCUUCGCUGCUGUGCUUGGUUCACCCUUAUGAAUCACUUAUUUCCAAGGGUGUAGAAGAGUUGAUGACAGGUUGCCGUGUUGGGGCAACAGCAAAAGAUAAGCUCAGGAGUGUCGUUAUGUGGGUGCAGCAGUAUCGAUCGACUAUCUGUAACAUCAAGCUGUGGUCCGAUCAAGUACUUGCGUCGCCCUCAAAGCAAUUAUAUCUGUUUAAAAAUUGGGAAGUGCUUCAGGAGAAACUGCCUCAGAAUUGCUCUUCACUUAUGGAAGUCUCUCAGCUGAAAACAUGCUGCAAAGUAAGAGUCUGUGCAUCUACUGCUGAAAUUAUUCCACUAGUGACACCAAGGAGUCUUGGUAAUACCAAGAAAGAUAAUAUUUUCAUUAGCGAGAGACUUUGCAAAACUAAGGAUAAAAGCUUAGUAGAUGAUCUCUUAUGCAUUGGCUGCCGGCUAUGUGGUUUACCCUUAAAUUCCGAAUUUGAGAAAAAUGCUACUUCACUAAUCUGUUCAAAAAGUUCAAGCUGCCUUCAUACAGUGGCCUUGAUAUAUAGACCUUUCAUGCUAUAUGUGUGGGAUGAAUCAGAUUACAUGCCAGUUCUUGUUAGGAACAAAGCUGCAGAGAUCUUGUUUGGGAACAUCAAGGCUGAAAAGGUGUAUCUGAGUUAUAGAGAACAAAUGCUCAAAAAUGUUGCUGGUCCUCAGAAUAAAUUCAAGGAUGCUGCUGCAAGACUUGCUGGUAACAUGAGAAUUUCUGGGGAAGGACACUCGACCACUAAUGUGUCUGAUGCGAGUGAAAGGUUGCCAUUGGAGGAAAAGCAUCUUCCUGUUAAAAUAUUCAACAUUUAUGACGUCUGGUUAAUCAUUCUUAAACUGUUGUUGCGUCAAGGAAAUAACAGUCCUCUAAAAUUUGAGAUCCUUGUUGACCCCCGCUUAAACGUUGAUAAUGGGAGAUUUGAAAUGAUUUUUGCAUCAAUGCCAUGUUUUGGACCCAAGUGA